GAGGAUGCGAAUGCACAGAAGUGUCAGAAACGCAUGAAAUCAUUCGACCGUACUGGGCUGCCCCGGAAGGGACGGAAACGUUUCUGAUGGUGCGCUUAUAGUCGAGUUUUUCUCGAGGUUCUCAAUCGGUUCAUUUCCCGGUAGAAUAUAUGCACACGGUCAACUACAUGCGUUGGUAAAAAUAAGGAAAUUCUGAGGAAUUUUAGCGAAAUUGUCGUUGGUUCUUGUACACUUCUACUCGAAGUCGUGUGCCUUUCCAUAACGUAGUAAGGAAACUUACGAGCUCAGUUGAGGAACUUGAACAUAUAUUCCCACACUGAGUCUGUUUGCAUCGUUUUGCAGUCGACUGAAGCAGUACAGAUAGGAUAGCACUUGCCUUGUCUGUGUAUACCAUCUUGGUCUUAUUAUUUUCAGUGGAGUUCUCUGUGUUGAAUGAGCGGUACGGUAGGCGGUGCUUCGCUGGUGGCCACUACGAUCAUUGCAAUAUUGCUGGCGACGUUGCUGUUGCUAUCGUCAUUAUGUGGUGGUGGGUCCGUGUCGAAGAAAGCACUGCUUGAUCACUUCAUGGGCGCUCGAUUGCCUCGCGCUGUGCUAUCCACGGUUCUGACACAUGUGUGUCUCGGAGUGUUGUUCUCGAUUGGCAAUGUGGCCUCCUACGUUCUUGCCUAUUAUUCUGACCUGGAGAACUCAGUCUCGACGAGAGAUAUCCAAUCCAGAGGAGCUUGGAUGUUUGCUCUGCAGGUAGGCUAUUGGGUAUUUCACAUCUACACCUUUUUCCGUGCAAGUUUGACAAGUGAGCGCACAAGGUCGUCAAUGAAUAUUCAACUUUGACACACCCUCAGAAUGAACAUUUGAGAAUGCAAAUUUGA